UUAAGGCAUUAAAUUUAAAUUCAUAUUAUGUUGGGAUAGUUAUGAGGCAAUAAAGAUUGAGUGUUAUAUUAAAUUCACUGAAAUUCCACGAAAUCCAAAGCAUCAUCCUACAGGUAUUAAUACCCCCUUUAAAAAUAGUACGCAGUUGUGGUGGGUGGUUUGUUAUGCUUUAGGUGUUCCCUAGUGUGCCUCAAUUGUUUCUCACUGUGGAACAUUACAGUGAUCUUCGUUUAAGUAAUCCAUAGAUGACAUUUACCAUAACCUAGAAAUUUCGUAAACCAUCAAUUUAAAAAAUGACGAUUACAAAAGAAGUGUUUGUUGACUUGCAAGAAAAAUACAACAAAGUAAUAAAGCUAAUAGAUGAGGAUAGUAAAUUGGACCCGGAAAAUGAACCCUUUCUUUCGAAGUAUUCCGCCAGACAAGUUCUGAUUGGUAUGAAGGCGAAUCUCGAAAAUUUGCUGCGAAACCAUACGGCUGAGUCUCCGGAUUAUUUAAAACUCACUGCAAUGCUUGGUUGUGUGUAUUUAUAUCUAGGAGUUGUAUCGAUUGAAACUGAGGAAAUUGCCACAGGAGAAAAGCACUUAGAGAAGUGUAACAGCAUAAUUGAAGACCAUUACAUGAAGCCUGAAGUACUUUUGGUAGCUGUGAACAUGUUCAAUCAGUUUGGCAUUCUUUGGUCACAAAGAGAACCAGAGAAAUCUAAGAUUUACUUGGAGAAAGCUGUGCAACUAUAUUUGGAUUUCAAAAAUGAUCCAACCAAUUUAAUAGAUAUGAGUCAGUUGUUCCAAACUAACAUAGAGAACUAUGACAUAGAAAUAGCAAAACGAAACUUGGAAAAAGCCUACACUUUAACACUGUAUUAUCUGGCACAGAUCUUUGGAGCCCUGAAGGAUGCUUUAAAAAGUUCAGUAUACUGCCACAUAACAUUACAAAGGCAGUUACAAAUGAAGGACUAUGACCCAAUUGAUUGGGCCCUGAAUGCUGCUACUUUGAGCCAGUUCUUUAUGGAAAGGAAUGGUUUUAAACAGGCUCGCCAUCAUUUGGCUGCCAGUUCUGUGAUAUUAGAACAAUAUGAAAAAGAGCUUGAACAAAUGACUGAAAGGGAUGACGCAUAUGAGGCUAAAAUGGAAGUGUUUAAGCACAGAAGUGCUGAUGUUGCAAGAUGCUGGUCUAAAUAUGGGUUGUUGUUGCUCUCUAAAUCCAAGGAAAGGUUGUUAAGCCAUACAGAUGAUAUUAAUGUAAAUUGUUCAUUGACUACAGAUUUGUCCAAGUUGUCCUUGUCCUCAGAUUCAACAGUGUCAGAGAAUGACUUACAGCAUUUAGAUUUUGAGGGCCUAGAGUUAUAUGCACAUGAAUAUCAAGUGACUGAUCAAUUUGUUUUGACAUUAGAGGAUGCUAGGAGAGUUUUUGUUAACAUACAAAGCUGGCUCUCAAAAGCAAUGGAAUACUAUACAUUGGAUAAUUUAGCUUCAGACUACAUAGAAAUAGUACAAGACCAAAGUCAAAUGUAUUUGAAUUUGUUGUUCUUUGAUGAAAAUCAAGAUAAUCAGGCAAAAUUGCACAAAAGGAGGGUGGACUUGUUGCAAGGUAUCUUAAACAGUGUCAACCCUCAGUUUUACCUGCAGUACUGCAGACAAGUUUGGUUUGAACUUGCACAAGCUUAUGCUGACAUACUGGACAUCAAAGCUGAAAAGUUAAAAGAAAGCAAAGGAAGACCAAAGCCACAAGCACUACAAAAGAUAAAUCAUUUAGUUGAGAAAAGUAUUCAGAACUAUAUGAACUUUGUGGAAUCAUACAGAGAGAAACCAUCAGGCAAUUGGCCCAAAGUUCUUCCAGAGGAUGCUGUAAAACCAUAUUUGCAGGCAAAUUUUCACAUUGCAGCAUUACAUGGGAGGUACAUAACAUUGGAGAAACACAGGCAGCUGCUUGCCACAGAGCAAAGUUUGAAGUAUUAUAAAGUUGUGGUAGAUUUUUGUGCAAACAAUGAAAAGGGUAAAGAGGUGAUCGCAAUGGAACUUGGAAUAUGCCAGGAAAUGGUUACGUUGUUGCCCAUAAAAAUAGCCAAGCUAAGACAAGAAAUGAUAUAAAUUUAUUAUUUUACAUAUGAUAUCCUAGUUGUAGUGACUGUCUAAUUAAUCUUGAUUUUUCCAAGAUUUUUUAAAAUGUAUUAAUUAUUAUAAAUUUAAUAAUUUUGUUCCCUAAUACCAAAUAAUAAAGUCUUAAGAGUUAAA